GUGGAAAACUUUAACUCAAAUUAAAUUGACUAAAUUUUAGAAAUAAUGUCUUCAAGCUACAACCCCAAAAUUAAGACUGGUUGAACGAACAACACUAUGCCCUAACCGUUGAUUCGUAGCCAUUUGUUUGUCCAAAUAGUACCAUCGGAUAUUUUCAUUUUUAGCCGUCCAUCACCAAUCCGGUAGCCACAUAAUCGAAUGAGCAUGAAUUUUGGAAGUUUGCAGACGAAAAGAUUGCCACAACAAAAGGAAAACUGUCACUAUAACCAUCCAAACCAACCGUUACAUUUGCCGCGUUACGUGUUCUCUCUCUCUCUCUCUCUCUCUCGGGGUGCAACGCAAUGUCUAUAUAAAGGAAAGCCUUCUUUGAAUGUAUUCAUCCCUCCUCCAUAUUCACAUCCUCAGCUCAUCCACCACACCCUGUUACUUUCUAUAAUGGCUUCCAUAUACCAUUGUUUCUUUGUGGCCUUGUUCAUCUUAGGAGCUUGGGCUUCUCAAGCCAUGGCUCGCAGUCUCCAUGAUUCAUCCAUGUCCAAUCGCCAUGAGCAAUGGAUGUCUCAAUACGGACGCACCUACAAGGAUGCAGCCGAAAAGGAACAACGUUUCAAGAUAUUCAAGAGCAAUGUGGAGUUGAUAGAAUCUUUUAACAGCGCAGGGAACAGAUCAUACAAGUUGAGUGUCAAUGCAUUUGCUGAUCUGACCAAGGAUGAGUUCAGGGCCACUCAUAACGGAUUUAGGCCCACCCGAGCAAGGGCAUCAAAAGCCACGUCCUUCAUGUAUGAGAAUGUUACUGCACCACCUAGCAUUGACUGGAGAAAGAAAGGCGCUGUGACUCCCAUCAAGGAUCAGGGAGAAUGUGGGUCUUGUUGGGCAUUCUCAGCAGUUGCAGCCAUGGAAGGAAUUACACAACUUAAAACUGGUAAGUUGCUUUCACUAUCUGAGCAAGAGUUAGUGGACUGCGACAGGAAUGGUGAGGAUCAAGGCUGUGAGGGUGGCCUCAUGGACGACGCCUUUGAUUUCAUUCAAAGCAACCAUGGCCUUACAACUGAAGAUAACUACCCAUACAUGGGAACUGAUCGUGGCACUUGCAACACUACAAAGGCUUCGAACCAUGCAGCCACAAUCAGCGGCCACGAAGAUGUACCGGCCAACAGCGAGAUGGCACUACUGAAUGCAGUAGCCAAUCAGCCAGUUUCUGUUGCCAUUGAUGCUAGUGACUACACCUUCCAAUUCUACUCGAGCGGAGUCUUCACCGGCGAUUGUGCCACCGAUCUGGAUCAUGGGGUGACAGCCGUUGGUUAUGGGGCAGAUGAUGAUGGGACCAAGUACUGGUUGGUGAAGAAUUCAUGGGGCAUUUGGUGGGGUGAAGACGGAUACAUAAGGAUGAAAAGGGAUGUUGAUGCCAAGGAAGGACUGUGUGGCAUUGCCAUGGAAGCCUCUUAUCCAACUGCAUAAGAUAUAGAUGUUCUAAUUUCAAUUGUCCACUUCUUUAAUGUUAGAUUUAGAAGCUUCUAGCAAUAAUGUGAUUUUUUAUUCGUCAUUUAGCAUUCAUUAAUGUAAAUUUAUUUAUUUAUUUUUAAAGCAUUAAUGGAAUUAA